UCAGAGCCCACUGCGCCCUUGUUGAGAAACCAAGUUGCGCUCUGGGUGGGGAGGCGCACUUUCCACAGUUUGUGCAGCCGAAGGGAGUCAGCAGCAGCGCCGGCGUUGUGUGAAAGGUUUGUCCGACGGUAGAGGAAAAACAACCGUGUAAUCUUCAGCGCCACACCCGAUCGCCUUUCAGACAGCACACAGACCCUCGCUGAUCUGCCAGGAUGGGAGAGUACGAUGAGAAGAAGGAGACGUGUGGAACGAUCUGCCUCAAGUACCUGCUCUUCAGCUUCAACUUCUUCUUCUGGCUGGCAGGGGGCGCUGUGAUGGCGGUGGGGGUCUGGACCCUGGUUGAGAAGAGCGAUUACAUCAGCCUGCUGUCCUCCGGAAUCUACGCUGCCAGCGCCUACAUCCUGGUCAUCGCCGGGGCCAUCGUCAUGGUGACUGGAAUCCUGGGCUGCUGUGCCACCUUCAAGGAACAGAGGCAGCUUCUCAGAGUGUAUUUUGUGCUGCUCCUGUGUAUCUUCCUGCUGGAGGUUCUGGCCGGGAUCCUGGCGUACAUCUACUACCAGCAGCUGAACGAUGAGCUGAAACAAAACCUGAGAGAGACCAUGACCAGCAAAUACAAAAGAGUGGGAGAGGAGAGAGUGACCGAGGCUGUGAACAAACUGCAGCAGGAGUUCAAGUGCUGUGGCAGUAACAGCUCCCAGGACUGGAAGGAUAGUGAGUGGGUUAGGACACCCGAGGCAGAGGGCCGCAAUGUGCCGGACAGUUGCUGCAAAACCAUUACCCCCCAGUGCGGCCUGCGAGACCACCCCUCCAACAUCUACAAGGUGGAGGGCGGCUGCAUCACAAAGCUGGAGAAUUUCAUCCUGGAACACCUGCGGAUAAUCGGAGCGGUGGGCAUCGGGAUCGCCUGCGUGCAGAUCAUUGGGAUGGUCUUCACAUGCUGUUUCUACAGGAGCCUCAAGUCCGAGCCCUACUAACUGGGGGGGGUGAUGUUGAAUCUUCCUCCCCUCUCCCCUUUCUCGUUCACACCACUAUCAGGCUCGAGUCAUCAAACUGGGACCCCCAAGCUGACUGCCAAGACCCCAUCCCUCCUGUCCCUGCAGAGUAAGCCCGGGUAUUAGAGAGUGUCUGCUUUCAUGAUCCACUCUCCUGUCUUCCAGAGGGAAAGGCAGCUGGGUGCAAUGAGAAUAAAAACCAGCCUGGGGAACACAGCAAAGCCAAAAAUGUAGAAACACCAGAGAAUGAUUUGCCAAUUUUAACAAUUACAUGGUUUUUUUUUUUUU